GGAAGGUAACGAAGCGCGCGAGCUUCGCGCAAAAAUCAUUAAAACGCGUGCUUGUUUCGCGACUAUGGCUUAUGUCGUGUUGAUGUUCCGGUCCGUGAUUUAUUAGCAGAUGACAACGACAGUACAGGAGGCAAUCGCGUCGUCUGCCACUUGGACUGACUUGGAUCACACCGCUAAAUCGUUCACUCGCUUAUUCGCGCGCGCGAUGUGACAUCUCCGAGGAAACUUUCUUCUACGUUGUCGCACCGACAUUAUAUCUUCCAUCCUGAAGUAUUUCUUACAUGUACAGCCAGCACAGGCUUUGGGACGGUUUGACCAGUAGCGAGACGCGCAAUAUCGGUAUGGAAUGGACCCGCGACAAAACUCUGGAACUGCUUCGCGAGUAUCAACAACGACGCGUUCUCUGGGAUUGGAACGCCCGAGGCUAUCGCGACCGGGUGAAGCGCAAACGAGCUAUACAAGAACUUGCCGAGAUUCUCUGCUGCAACACUCUCGAGGUUGAAAAGAAGAUCACUAAUCUCAAGUGCCAAUAUUCUCGGGAAAUACACAAGAUACAAAAUAGUCGCGACACCGCCACCGGUUCAGAUGACGCAUACGUCUCCAAGUGGUUCGCCUUCAAAGCCAUGCAAUUCCUACAAUUUGGCACGCGUAGAUACAGCAAACGGAAGAAGAAAGUUGAAGAGGAACCGAAACUACAAGAAGAAUAUAUUGUGAGUAACAUCGAUCCAGAAAGUAUAAAAUUCAUGGAUUGCAAUGAGGAGACAAACGGCUCUGGUACUGGUUCCUUCAACGCCUCGCUCAGCGAGGACGCCGAAGAGUCCUCAUCGUCCAGUAUGAAGGCAAUCGAGUUGUACAAUGGUUCUUUGCCGAGCCAGAACGAUCUUGAUGAGUCCGAACAGAUGAAACUCGAGCUUUGCCCACCGAACGAGAAAGAACAAAAAAAGACCAAGGAAGAGUUUGCCAAGUUUGGCGAGAGUAUCGCUGUGCAGCUCGCCGAGAUCCCCGACUCUUAUUCGAGAUCGGUCGCCAAACUCAGAAUCAACCAGAUCCUCUUCGAAGCGGAGAUCGGAAUUUAUGCGCAAACACGUCGCUAAUGAGCAAGUUUACUAGUAUCAGCACGAAUAUCAACGUGGAAUAAUCAACAUGGAAAACAUUGUGAUUCAUGGCGCAUCAUCGCUAUCGAUCUCAAUUUAUGAUGCCAAUUCGUUCGAACCCUUGCUAUAACUCAAACGAGUAAUUCGCUUUUAACCGAGAUUUUGAAAUGAUUAUAAUAGGACUGACAAAAGAACGACUCGCCGCAAAUAAAACAAUGAAAAUUAUUCGACAGAAGAAACUAUAUUCUAUCCAUUGUUCAUCGACCGAGCAUGCGUUUCGAAUAGAG